AUGAACUCAUUAAAAUUUCCAGCGAUGAUUUCCUUAAUAAAUAAAGAUAUAAUUAAAUGUAUAAAACACUCCCAAGUGUUAAAUAGUAUUUUUGAUGGAAUUAGAAGAGCAAAAACCUGCACCAAGAAUUUGGUUUUACCAGUUACUACCCGUUGGGGUUCCCACUUGUUUUGCUUACAAUCGAAAGAAAUUUUGCAAACUUUGGCUGUGAAUGAAGAGGCUGAAGGAUUAGCGAAAAACUUACCGCUCUCAGUAUUACAAAAAAAUGAGGAGAACAAUUUUAUGGAUAAAUAUUUGGAAGAAAAAGCUUAUGUGCUUACAUCGAUCAAUAAAGCAUCUUGUCUAUUAGAUCCAAAGGCGCAAGGUUGCUACUUAAGUGCUGAAGAACAACUCGAUGCCAUUGAAUACAUAGUUAACUUCGCACGAAGUUCACAUUUCCCUGAUGAUACCAUUUCUCCAAUAAUUCAUCAUGAACAGUUGCUUGUUGAAAUUGCCAAUUAUAAAGCGCACGAAGGUAUGUGGGCAAAAGAUUUCAUUUUGGACUGCUUCACAGAAUAUAACACCUGUCGUUUGAUUGAAGAUAAUCAUUGGACAGAACAAUCAACUAUCAAAAGUAGCAGUAAAAAUUAUUUCUGUUCCUGCUACUUCAGCUUCGAUUGA